AGAAUUAGUUUUGUUUCAAUUGUAAUAAAAGUGCCAGAAUAUGAACAUAUUGAUAUUUUUCGUAGUUUUGAUAACCAGUAGUUUUGGUGCUGAGCAAAAUGGUAGUUGUAACAAAGUAGUUGAAGAUGAAUUGCUGGAUCUCAAAAUAACCAAACAAUUGGAUAUACGAAUUAGCGGGAAAAAAUGGGAUCAGAAUCUGAACAAUAUCAUCCAAUCGAAUAUUCGUGAUGUCAUUUCAGAUAAUCCAAAAACCAAUAAGGUACGACCUUUAUCAGACAUUGAUGUUCGUAACGCAGCUUCUGAAGAACCUAACGUUGUAGAAUGGAAUUCCGAGAUAGAAAGGAAAAGUAUCAUCAACCAAUUGGACAGCAUUACGUCUAAAUUAAAAAACAUACAAAAUGUUUGUCAGAAAUCCAAUUCUGAGGCACCAUUGAUAAACAAUAUAGGAAAUGUUGAUGUAUAUAACAAUGAAAUUUGUAAGAGAGCAGUAGGGAUGAGUAAGCCUCAAUUUUGCGAGUUAUUAGAAGAAGAUAUCAUUAAUAAAAAUGUACCCAGAAGUUGUAAAGAAAUCCAAGAAAAGGGACAAAAUAAAUCUGGAAUCUACGAAAUUCAGCCGAAGAGUAGCCUUAGGCCCAUCUGGGUUCUGUGCGACAUGGACACCAAAGGUGGAGGAUGGGUUGUUGUCCAAAAAAGGUUUGAUGGAUCGGAAGAUUUUGACCGAAAUUGGCGAGACUACAAAUUUGGUUUUGGAAACCUCAACAGAGAACUUUGGAUCGGCCUAGAAAACAUGUAUCAUUUUACCGGCUUCGAAGUAAGCGAAUUACUGGUAGAAAUAACGGACAGGGAUAAAAUUAAAGCAUAUGCCCACUAUAAAGGAUUUGGAAUAGGAUCGGAAACAGAGGGAUACGCUCUCAGCGUCCUUAAAGGAUUUAGUGGUGAUGCUGGAGACUCCUUAAAAGGACACUAUAAUUGUAAAUUUACCACCAAGGAUUUGGAUCAGGAUAAACACGGAAAUAAUUGCGCUGUGCUAUUUAAUAGUGGUUGGUGGUUUAACGCUUGCCAUGUUAGCAAUCUGAAUGGAAAAUACAUAAACAUGCAACCUCCCACUGGAUAUAGUUACCAAGGUCUCCAUUGGUUGGAAUUUAGAGGACAUGCGUAUGGUCAUGCCGGAUCAAGAAUGUUGGUCAGGCCAGUUCAACCUUAAAUUACUGCAGAAAAUUUAAAAAAAGAUAGCAUUGUUA